AUGGAAUUCAGGCCCAUGAAAACUGUUACUAAAUGUAUCAGAGAGUCUUUAUGUUAUACUACUACUACUACUACUACUACUACUACUACUACUACUACUACUACUACUACUACUACUACUACUACUACUACUACUACUACUACUACUACUACUACUACUACUACUACUACUACUACUACUGCUACUACUACUACUACUACUACUACUACUACUACUACUACUACUACUACUACUACUACUACUACUACUACUACUACUACUACUACUACUACUACUACUACUACUACUACUACUACUACUACUACUACUACUACUACUACUACUACUACUACUACUACUACUACUACUACUACUACUACUACUACUACUACUACUACUACUACUACUACUACUACUACUACUACUACUACUACUACUACUACUACUACUACUACUACUACUACUACUACUACUACUACUACUACUACUACUACUACUACUACUACUACUACUACUACUACUACUACUACUACUACUACUACUACUACUACUACUACUACUACUACUACUACUACUACUACUACUACUACUACUACUACUACUACUACUACUACUACUACUACUACUACUACUACUACUACUACUACUACUACUACUACUACUACUACUACUACUACUACUACUACUACUACUACUACUACUACUACUACUACUACUACUACUACUACUACUACUACUACUACUACUACUACUACUACUACUACUACUACUACUACUACUACUACUACUACUACUACUACUACUACUACUACUACUACUACUACUACUACUACUACUACUACUACUACUACUACUACUACUACUACUACUACUACUACUACUACUACUACUACUACUACUACUACUACUACUACUACUACUACUACUACUACUACUACUACUACUACUACUACUACUACUACUACUACUACUACUACUACUACUACUACUACUACUACUACUACUACUACUACUACUACUACUACUACUACUACUACUACUACUACUACUACUACUACUACUACUACUACUACUACUACUACUACUACUACUACUACUACUACUACUACUACUACUACUACUACUACUACUACUACUACUACUACUACUACUACUACUACUACUACUACUACUACUACUGUUGCUAUUAGUACUAUGACUGUUACAGCUAACACUUCUACUGCUAAAAAUUGA